GAGCAGCAGCAGCAGCAGGAGCAGCAGCAGCAGCAGCAGCAGCAGCAGCAGGAGCAGCAGCAGCAGCAGCAGCAGCAGCAGGAGCAGCAGCAGCAGCAGCAGCAGCAGCAGCAGCAGCAGCAGCAGCAGCAGGAGCAGCAGCAGCAGCAGCAGCAGCAGCAGCAGGAGCAGCAGCAGCAGCAGCAGCAGGAGCAGCAGCAGCAGCAGCAGCAGCAGCAGCAGCAGCAGCAGCAGGAAAAGGAGCAUCACUACCCACAGCAACAUCAGGAAGAAAUGUCCAAGAAAGUGCCAGUGUCACCAAAGGGGAUGCCAGUCACAGGCACAAAGGGGCCACUCAACAAGCCUCUUGCUUGUGAGGAGCUGGACGAAGCUAGGACUAUUCAGGGAAAAGGUGCUGGAGAGCUCUUCGAGUGGAAGGAGGAGCUCUUCAAAUAG